AUGUCAAGUGAGUGGCCAAAAUUACCGCAACGGACAAAAUCUCAAGACAAUGCGAGUGCUUUACUGCUAAGCAUGAUUCGAACAUUGACUAGCAGUUCUUCUGUAGAUCAAAAAGAAUUGGAUCGCAAGCGCUUAGAAGCUGGUUUUGCUGAAACCUCACGAGAAAUAGAUCAGCUUGUGAAUGCCUGUCGAGAGAAAGUACACAGUAUACGUAGCAGUUUAUUGACCUGCCGUUCUCUGCUGCAGUGCCGACGAGAUGAUUUGAAACGUCUAUGGAUGGAAAAUGCUCAGCAGAAACAUGUCAGCGCAAUUCUCGCACAAAUAGAAGACUUAAGUCGCUUGGGAAAUGAUGUUGAAGAAGCUAUAAUUGCUUCGAAUUAUCGUUCAGCUGCAAAUUUCUUAAAUGAAGCAGAUUUGCUACUGAAUGGUCCUUUUUCAAACAUCGAUGGCUUAAAUCAGUUUCGUUCUCAGUUACUCGAUUUAUCUAAGAAGCUGAUUGAAUGCAUUGUCAGUGAUAUAACAAACCACUUGAUCAUUCGGCCAUUUCAAAAUCAUCUAGUUGAAAUAAUCAAAUCGCUACCAGAAAAUAAAGCAGCACAGUCAGUCGAGUGUGUUGAAAUUAUGGCACAGUUUAAUGUAAAAGAAACUCAAAGCGCAAGAAACUUAUAUUCUGUGUCUGCUCGUUGUGCUGAAAGUAUUCAAGCGUUGUGUGUAUUUGGCAGAUUAUCAACUACACUUAAACGUUUUCUAUUAAAUUCUCCAGCUGUAUUUACUCAUCUGAUACAUACCUCUGCAAAUAUCGUUUGUGUUGCUUUUGAUGGGAAUCAAAAAGGAGAUGAACAGAAUUUAGCGCAAUUUUUGCAGUUGGUGCUAAAUCAAUUCCGAAGCAGCUAUGAAGCUCAUCGUAUCAUGGAUGCGGAGUUGAAAUUGUUAAAGCAUGAGAUAUCGAAAGAUGAAGAAGAAGCUUUAUCCUUAUCAGACAACUUUUGGGAAACAGCGCAAGCAGUAAUUGAAGAUUUAGUGAAUGAGUACAUCACAGAAGACGGUAGAGCUUCAAGUACAGUUAUGCAAAAAUCGAGCUUGUCAACUUCUGAGAAAACGAUUUUAUUCAGAUUUGAUGCUUCAGCAUGCGCUUUAAGUACGCAAUCUGGACAAGCAGUCAAACAAGUUCAGUCCUUGAUUUGCCCCCCGUCACCUUGGAAUAUUACAGUACUUUAUCCUCAUUUGGAACACUUCUGUAAUGAACGUGAGGCUGAAUUGAGUACGAAAUCAUGUCGUUUACGUAAAUACUUGGAUUCAUUUAUUAUCAAUGUUUUUAUCGAUCAAUUUAAGUGCAGACUUGAAACUUUGGUUGAACAAGCGCUUAAUGAACAGGAUUCUUGGCGCUUAUUGAUGCACCAUCCUAAUCCUAAAGUUUUGGCUAGUUGUUGGAAUGUUUACUCCAUUUGCAUUCAAAUUGGGAAAUUAAUUCUUGCUAUGGAUAAGUAUACAGAUAGAUUAUCAGCGCUCUGGUUGCUUGUUAUUGAUGAAUUUUCUGACAGUGCUAAUAGCGUUUAUGAAAAGAUUCUGCCUUCGAAGCCUCCUGCAGAUGCAAAAGCCUCCAUAGUUUCCAACGGAAACUCUGAAGAUGAGAGCAAAGAAAAACGUAAAAUUAGUGCAGCUUGGGCAGUCGAUGAAGACAUAUCACGUUUGCUAAAAAGUUUACCUAACUGGUUCACAGUGAGCAAUCAUGAAGCAAAUUCAAACGCUUCUGCGGACACACCUUCUGCUUUUUCCCCUGGCAAUGAAACUGAAAGUGAAGUGUGCCAUCGAAAUGAACGAGAGUCGGAGAUUCUCAUAGGUAAUCUUGGGACUGCUAAACAACUUGUUCGUGAUGAGCUGAUAACUGAUGCUGAAGUUAUUCGUUCCCUUGCAUGUAUGCAUGAGUCAUUAAAAUGGUUUUGCAGCAGCAUGCGUUCGCUUAUUGAAAUGCUUCCUGAGUCUUCCCGUAAUGCUAUGCGUAGAUGUGUUGUACACUUGCAGAGAACAGAUGGAGAUAGCAUUGUUAACAUGUCGGAGGAACACAUUGCCGAAGCACUUGAUACCAGAUUAGCAAGUUUGGAUGCAAAAGCUGAUACCUGUUUGCUAAUAAUUCAUCUGGAGCUUCGCAUUCAUUGUUUCUUCCAUUUGUUACCUUUGGCUCGGGUCAGGCCGUCUUUACCACAUGAUGAACUUGAUAAUGAGGUCAUUGAUUUUGGUCGUGAUAUGACACAGUUUCAUCAGGUCCUCAGUAAUAAUAUUUCGCCGCAUAAGAUGAAGUAUUUGUUUGAUGGCUUGGGACAUUUGUCAGCUUCGAUAUUUAUUCAUUCUAGCCAACAUAUGCAUAAGCUAAGCGAAAAUGGGAAGAAGCGUGUUUGUCGGAAUAUCUUUGGAGUACAACAGCGGUUAAGUCAUUUGACUGGACAUCGCGAAAGUGAGCUAGAAAGAGCUAGAGUUUUUUUCGAAUUACUCAAUCAUGAUCCUGAUCAGCUGCUAGCUCUAAUACUUGAAAGGGGCGCAAUAUUUUCACACCUAGAAUAUACUUAUCUUCUUGCGCUUGCUGUAAGAUCACAUCCAGUACUGAGCUCGAUACCAGGAGCUUUAGAGCAAAGGAUAUCUCAGUUAAAGACGAUAUUAGGGCAGUUGAAGAAAUAA